UCUGUUCGGAAAACUUUUUGCAACUAGCGAAACUUCAUCAGAUUGGGCAUAGCUGUAAAAUUACAGGCAAGCCCUUUCCAAGCAAAGCAGCGAUUUGACUUCAUCUAAAGUUGUUUGCAAUGGCGUACAUAAAAUCGAACAGUCAGAGCUAUGGACGUAGUGAAAAAACUAGCAGUAGUGUCUACAGUCGCAGCUCGAAGACAACAACUUCAAUGUCUAGCAACCAGAAUAUAUUAAGAAGUGGUUAUGCAGCUGAAAGUGUUGAAUCAAAUCAACAAGAUAGAUCGUUUGAUUUUGAUGAAUCAAGAUUCAAUAACAAUUAUCUCGGUGCAGAACAGAAUAAAGAUUUUAACAACAAUAAUCCAAUUACUAUCAGAUCGUUGAAGAGUCCUGGUCCAAACCGUAAAUCCAUGCAAUCUCCUGUCAAAGAUGGUUUCCGGAAGGUUACUGUCAGCUCUGGUUCAAAUAAGAUUGACCACUUUUCAAAAAGUGCAACAUUCUCAGAUGAUGAAGAAGAUAGUGUGUUUGUUGAUGAUGAUGAAAACAUAAGAUACAUAGAUGAAGCUCAAAUCGUUGCAACUGAUGCUUCUCAGUACGACGUGUCUGGUGAGCGAAGCUUCGAAGACAUGUAUAAAGAAGAGCAACAAAAGCAGGAAGAAGAACAAUCCUCUCCUUACAUUAUGAAAGGACAACCCGUCAACUUUCAAUUCAACAUGGCUAAUCCUGACGAAUAUGGAAGUGGGCAGUACUAUAAACAAAACAAAGAUAUCCACACAAAAAGAAAGACCCCUGAAAUACAAGUGGAACAGUAUAACACUCCUCCCAGCCAGCGAAGCAAAAAACAAUACAAGCCUGUUAAUAUGGUGAUAUCAACACAGGAAGAGAAAGGCCAAGAUUUCCAGCAACAACAAUUCUCAAAUAAACAAAGAAGAAAUCAACAGAAACAAAAUCAACAGGUGUACGAACCAGUGAAUGUAAUAAUUCCGAACCAUAACCAACAUUCUCAGGAUGCAAAAACGAUUAGUGUUGAUGAAAAUCCGUAUCCAAGAUAUCAACCUGUACAAGUUGAAAUAAAACAUCACAAAAAAUCUGGAAAUAAUUCAUAUUCCCCACGAAAUUUACCGGAUUAUCAACAAAAAAGGCAAGUAAGAAACAUCCAAUUGAAAGCAGGUUCUGAUUCAGAGUAUAGCAACUCUCAUUUUGAGCCACAAACACCUGUCGAUGUUAUUUAUUCUCCGAUGCCACAAAGAAAGCCAUUGCAUCCAAAAAAUCUGCCAAUUGAUAUCACUAUUGCUAGAGACGGAGAUCACUUGCAACAACCAAACGCCUUUCGAGUUCUUGUAUCACCAACACCACAGCAAAAUGAAGUAGGCUUUGUACCGGUACAUCGACAUGAAAACCACCAUUUUUAUAGUGUACAACAAGAAGAUGUUACUUCACAACACAAGAAAGGAUCUGGUAAGAUCAAACCAAAGCCACGAAGAAGCUCUGAACAAAACAUGAGUGCAGUCGAUGCUUACAACAGCUUUCAAGAUAUCGAUAAAGAUCUGUACAGGCAGCAACAUGAAAAGACAGAGAUAAUUAAAGUGAAAAACAUAGUCGCAGAGCCGGUACAUGUUCAAGAGAUUUACGAUCUUGAUGUCAGAAAUGAAGGCUAUGAUGUUUAUCAAGACCAACAAAACCAAAUAAGUGCUACUCAUGUGAGUGUUAGACACAACAGUGAGUCAAACAGAAACAGAAGACAAAUUGAAAACCAGCAAAAAGUAGAUCAAGGAAGAAGGAGAAGUGUUGAACAUCAAAGGAUGGAAAGUGCUCGACUUAAAAAGAUUGAACAAGAAGAAAUGGAAGUUAAACGAAGACAACAGGAGGCAUAUCAACGUCAACAGAAAAUUGAAAUGAGGAAGAGGGAAGAGGAACAAAGAAGAAAGAGAGAACAAAUGGAGCAAGCAAGAAGAGAAGAAGAAGCAGAAUACAGAAGACGGGAAGCUGUGGAAAGAAAAAAGCGCGAGGUACAAGAAAUACGCCAAAGAGAGGAAUUUGAAAGAAAAAAGCGUGAAGAGGAAGAAAAAAUUCGAAGGGAGGAAGAGGAAAGAAGAUGGAGAGAAGCACAGGCAGAAGAGAGACGAUGGGAAGAACAAAAAAGAAAAGAAGCAGAAGAAAUCAGACGAAGAGAAGAAAUCGAGAAGAGAAAACGCGAAGAGGAGGAAAUAAGAAAGAGAGAAGAAGAAAUUCGAAGAAGGAGAAUUGAAGACGAACUAAGAAGAAAGUCUGAACAGCAAAAAAUGGAAGAAGUGAGACUAAGGGAAGAACAGAAACGAUUUAAAGAUGAAAACAUAUUUCAGCAACAGCAAUUCAAGAAAAGUAUUCAGAGAAGUCAAUCUCAAAAGUACUACAACGAAAAUCAGAUGAGUGACUAUCAACAGGACAUGUCAACAUUUCCUCGACAUCUGAAAAUAAAAAAACAGUACCCAUCAGAAAGUUUGUCAGCUAAUAACACACCAAACGUUUCUCAGCAACGAAAAUUUCACAAAGGCUUCAGUAUGUCUGCUUCAAACACACCUGAAGUCAGCAGAAAGCAAAAGAAUUCAGCCAGUUGUUACACUUGCGAGCAUGAAAAUGAUGAGCAUGAUGGAAUUCACAAAAGAACUUCCAGUCACAACUCGAACACAAUACUUGGUCGCACUGAGAUGGGCGAAAAAAGAAUGGUUUCUCAAUUAAUUCGGCCAAAAUCUGUUGAUAUCACACGCCAAAGUAAGACAUUGCCAAGAGGAUUUGGGAGAGCAAAAAGUCAAGAAUGGAUUACUGGUUACGAGCAAAACAAUCAAACUAGAAGUCAGAACUACUCCACGUCAACAACCACACGAAACAUCUCUGCUAUUCAAACCUCCACGCAGCAAACUCAUUCAAACUCAAGAAGAAUUGUGCAACGACCAAAAUCAGCUCACGAGUUUGACAGUAAGAAAUCAAAACAAAGGCACGCAAGCAAAGUUGAUUAUCAAUACGGCCAGCAGCAGCCAUUUCUUGAGCACGCGAGAAAAACCUACCCUAUCCAGGAGCAGCAGCUUAAAGAAACGUUCCUGCCUGUCACGCACCAACAGCCUCAAAAAAGUCACGUGGUCGAGUACCAUAACGGUUCAGAUGUCAAAAUAAUAAGCGGUAGUCACGUGGUCAGGGAUGCAAAAUACAAUCAGGCCAAUCAAUCGAGGAAAUCGAGAAAGAGCAGGGAUGUUGUUCAAUCAAAAGCUUACACAAAUUUAUCGCGCAAAGAUCAGAGAAAUUUGGAACAACGAAAGCAAGUUAUUAAACAAAGAACCGAAACAAAAACUGCAUCACCGGACGAGAAAGACAUAUAUCAAUCAAUAAAAGUGACGGCGAAAGGUGGAGUUAUCACUUUGUGCAUGGAAGAAGGAGAGGAUGAUAAAAUAACAGACACUGCAAAAAAUAGAUUAACAAAAUCGGUUUAUGAACAUGAAUACAAUAAUUCAUAUUACUCACAAAGCCGAGAUUCUCAAUAUGGAUACCAAUCAAAUUCAAGUCAACAACAGCGUAUGCGCAGUAACGAACAAGAAAAUAAUUCUUACCAAAACGAAGAAUAUAUCUCCUCCACUAACAACAACAACAGAAUCCAAAGCAAAAAUAAUGUUAGCGCGAAAAAUAACAGCAGUCAAGAAACUGAGUCCGUUUACUACACCGUAUGCACUCGUUACUUCCAGCCAGAAAAUAACGACUGGAUCACCAAUAUCCACAGAAUGGGAAAGACGAAGGUACCAGUAGGAGUGGAUCAUUCUCAAAGAUGUGUAUUCUGGUUGCAUCUCUAUGAUCCUGAUAGGGAAGAGAUAACAGUUCAAAAGUUAGUCCCACCUCCAGAGUUACUCGCGAAAUACCAUGCAACGUCAAACAACGAAGGAAUCUAUUACGGCGAUAACACAAUGGAAUCACGUGAACAAGAGUUUGAAGACUCAGCCUAUAGCCGUACUAAAAGAUCACAUGACAAAAAUCGCCGACACAACCGCUCUUAUAAUGACGCGUCAUUUGAUAGUGACGGCGAAUCAAAAGCAAGUAGCGUUUUAUCAAAUCGAUCGGACACAAGUUUUAAACAUUCUAAACCAAAACUUUUAAGAAAAUCAAAAGAAUUUCCAGGUGCAAGAAAUGAAAUGGACACUGAUUACCAACAAAGCUACAGCAUGCAGCAAACCGUUUAUUAAAUUUGCUAAAAUUUUUUGAUGCUAAUGUUUAUCUUUCAAAUGGUUUAAAGUUUAUCUUUCAAACGGUUUAAAUAAUCUGACAUCUAAAUAAGGACAAAAUGUCACUGUCAUCGUUGAUAUCAUAAUUGACAUCACAUUCAGACGUUUUUAAGCUACAACUGUGUGGAUUAUUAGAAGUAUGAAGUAUCAAAACAAACAACUGAGAAUUUUAUUCUUAAUAUUUUUUGCGUUAGUUUACAUUUUUUAUGCACAUUUUUAAAUUUUUUUUUAAUAUAAAGCCGUAGCAGCCAUGUUUAUCAAAAAAUUUGCAGUGUCUAUUCCAACUUCAAGAAAGAGCUAAAUUUAAAAUUCGUUUGUGUAGCCUUCAAAACAACAAGCUUGAUAUUCAGGAUUCUACUGGCGUGAAAGCAGAAAUAAUUUUGUAAGAUAUUUUGGUUGCAUGUUGACCUCUUUCAUCAACUAAACUUUCAUCAAACCUUACCACAUAUUUAACAUGUUCAUGCCUUAUUUCAGUCCCUUCCUUUUUCUUUCUUACACAGUGCCACAGAUCUCGAAGUCCAAAUUCAUAUAAUCCCUAAUUAUCAUCGCAUAUAAACCUUUUUAUUAUCUACCUCUACCUCUAAUGUUUUCUUCCAAAAGUCCUGUCCCAACUACAUAAAACUUAAACCUGAUUUUAUAGACGAAACCUUCACCCUAACCUAAAUCUAAACCAGAUAGUCACUCCCCAACCUUCGACAGACGAUACAGUCAGUUAGCUCCCGCCCCAACUAUAACUUGAUACUGUUAUUUCAAACUCUAUAUACGCCCAAAACAACCAAUUUACACCGAGAAUGAAACUAUACACUCUCCAACGGAACCUAAAAAUUGUUAUUUGCUUGAUCAAUCCUCUCCUUUGGAAACAAUCCAUUUUGCUUUCCACAGCGUAACCUACUUUAUUUUUUCUGAAAAUCUCCACAAUAUAACCACCUUAUCUUUUUAAUUAUCUCCACAAUGUAACCACCUUCACUUCUCGUCUAUCUCCACCAUAUAGCCAACGCCUCUACAUGUGCAACCAAAUAUCGUGUUAAUAAUAACCAUAAUAAUAUUAAUCAAAUUGAUAGUGUAUGCGAAUAAAAUGAAUAAUUGCACGAAUAAAAAAA